AUUUCACACACUGACGGCGACUGCCCGCGCGGCGGCGCUGGCGCUCCGAUCCGUGUCGUCGACGUCCUAUAAGUCUCUGUGAGUUUGAGGCUAAACUUCAAACUAAGUUGCAACAGCUUCGAGGUAACACCACGGGAAGAUAGCGCACGCUCAACGGCCCACUUUCUGUCAUAUUUAAUCCAAGUCUGAAUAAGAAGCGUUACAGAUAACUAACGGGAAGAGCAGUAAAACAUGCCGACCACAGAAAAAGACCUGGCUGAAGACGCUCCGUGGAAGAAGAUCCAGCAGAACACCUUCACCCGCUGGAUCAACGAGCACCUGAAAUGUGUCAACAAGCGGAUCGGUGACCUGCAACUGGACCUGAGCGACGGUCUCAGACUCAUCGCCCUCCUGGAGGUCCUCAGCCACAAGAAGAUGUACAGAAAAUACCAUCCGAGGCCCAACUUCAGGCAGAUGAAGCUGGAGAACGUGUCCGUGGCUCUGGAGUUCCUGGAGAAGGAGAACAUAAAACUGGUUUCCAUAGACUCUAAAGCCAUUGUCGAUGGGAACCUGAAGCUGAUCCUGGGUCUGGUCUGGACUCUGAUCCUGCAUUAUUCCAUUUCCAUGCCAGUAUGGGAGGGUGAGGAUGAAGAGGGAGAGUCAAAGACACCUAAACAGCGUCUGCUGGGCUGGAUUCAACACAAAGUUCCUGAUCUGCCAAUCACAAACUUCAGUCAAGACUGGAGAGAUGGCAAAGCGCUGGGAGCACUGGUGGACAGCUGUGCACCAGGCCUGUGUCCAGACUGGGAAACCUGGGAUUCGGUAAAGCCAGUGGAGAAUGCUACUGAAGCCAUGCAGCUGGCUGAUAGCUGGCUGGGCAUUCCACAGGUGAUUGCUCCAGAGGAAAUCAUUGACCCCAGUGCAGACGAGCAGUCAGUGAUGACCUACCUGUCUCAGUUCCCCAAAGCCAAACUGAAGCCUGGAGCCCCACUGAAGCCCAAACUCAACCCCAAGAAGGCCCGUGCAUACGGACCUGGUAUUGAACCGACGGGGAACCGAGUGUUGCGUCCCGCUGUGUUCACUGUGGACACGUUCAGUGCAGGUCAGGGGCAGGUUACCGUCUACCUAGACCACCCAGAUGGCACCAGAGAAGAGCUGAACCCAGAGCUUAACGAGAGCAAGAAGACGUACAGCGUCACCUACAUUCCUCAAGUCGUGGGACCUCACAAGGUGACGGUGCUGUUUGCAGGCCAGGAGAUUCCAAAAAGUCCUUUUGAAGUGACUGUGGACAAGGCGCUGGGUGAUGCCUCUAAAGUGACCGUGAAAGGCCCAGGAGUCGAACCUGUGGGCAACAUUGCAAACAAACCAACCUACUUUGACAUCUACACUGCAGGGGCCGGCACAGGAGACGUGACGGUCAUGAUCAGAGACCCUCAGGGUCGCCAGAACAGUGUGGAGGUGAUGAUGGAGGAUAAGGGUGACAGCACGUACCGCUGCACCUACCGCCCAACACAGCCUGGACCGCACACCAUCACGGUCACCUUUGGAGGGGUGGGAGUCCCCAGGAGCCCCUUCAGUGUGGAUGUGGGACCUGCCUGCAUGCCAGGGGCCUGCAGGGCGACAGGCCGGGGUCUCCAGCCAUCGGGACUGAGGGUGAAGCAGGUCGGUGACAUCAAGGUGGACACCAGGAAUGCCGGCAGUGGAGACCUGAAGGUGCUCAUCAAGGGUCCAAAGGGUGUCGAAGAGCCGGUGAAACAGAUUUCCAGUCAGGAUGGUGUGUUCUCCUAUGAGUAUCACCCCAACAGUCCUGGCAAAUACACCGUCUCCAUUACCUGGGGGGGUCAGCACAUCCCAAAGAGUCCAUUCGAGGUGGUGGUUGGUCCUGAGGCGGGGCCUCAGCAGAUCAGGGCGUGGGGCCCUGGUUUGGAGGGAGGCAUUGUGGGUAAACCGGCCACCUUUGUAGUGGAGUCCAUUGGUCCAGAUGCAGGAGUCCUGGGUUUUGCCAUCGCUGGACCUUCCCAGGCUAAAAUUGAGUGUGAGGAUCAAAACGACGGGUCAUGUGACGUCCGUUACUGGCCAACAGAACCUGGUGAAUACGCCAUCCGUGUGACCUGUGAUGAAGAGGACAUUGAACACAGUCCCUUCAUGGCCUACAUCAUCCCUGACGACAACACCACCAACCCAGACAAGGUCCAGGCUUACGGGCCGGGGCUUGAGAAGAGCGGCUGCCUGAUCGACCAGGCUGCUGAGUUCACUGUGAAUGCUGAGGGUGCUGGGAAAGGACCUCUGAAAAUCACAGCACAGGAUGGUGAGGGACUCCCUGUGGAGGUUAAAGUGAGGAAUAAAGGUGAUGGGCUGUACCAGUGCUCCUACACUCCCACCUCCCCUGUCAAACACACUGUGGCCGUUGCCUGGGGAGGGGUCAGCAUUCCCAACAGCCCUUUCAGGGUGAAUGUGAGUAAAGGCAGCCACCCAAACAUGGUGAAGGUGUUUGGCCCUGGAGUUGAGAGAAGUGGACUAAAAGCAAAUGAACCAACACACUUCACUGUGGAUUGUUCAGGAGCUGGAGAUGGUGAUGUGAGCGUGGGCAUAAAGUGUGAUGCCAACAUGGUCAGUGACACAGAAGCUGAUGUGGACUUCGACAUCAUCCCCAAUGCCAACGACACAUUCACUGUAAAGUACAUCCCUCCUGCAGCUGGAAGACUCACAGUUAAAGUCCUAUUCACUAACAAGGAAGUUCCACGGAGCCCCUUCAUUGUUAAAGUGGAUCCGUCCCACGAUGCAUCGAAGGUUAAAGCCGAGGGUCCAGGACUUGCUCGCACUGGUGUAGAAAGCGGGAAGCCGACUCAUUUCACAGUGUCGACUAAAGGAGCUGGUAAAGCUCCCCUGGAUGUUUCCUUCUCCGCUCCCGUUAAUGACUUUGACAUCAUCGACAACUACGACUAUUCUCAGACUGUCAAGUACACACCUGCACAACAGGGGGAGAUGACCAUUGUGGUGAAGUUUGGAGGAGAUCCUAUUUCAAAGAGUCCCUUCACAGUUGGUGUUGCUGCUCCACUGGACCUGAGCAAAGUUUCUGUGGACAACCUGAAUGGAAGAGUGGAAGUGGAUCAUGAGCAGCAGUUCAUGGUGGACACUAAGGGAGCAGGAGGUCAAGAUCACCUGGAGGUGGCAGUGCUGAGUCCCAGCCAGAGAGCCGUGCCUUGUAAAGUAGAGCCUCAGCCUGGUAAUGCAGGUGUCAGUUUGGUCCGUUACACCCCGAAAGAGGAAGGCGUGUAUGCUGUCAACGUGUCCUACGAUGGACACCCUAUACCGGGGAGCCCCUUCCCCGUGGAGGCCCACCUGCCUCCUGAUCCUAGCAAGGUGAAGGCGUUUGGCCCUGGUCUGGAGGGAGGUGUAGUGGGGAACCCAGCUGAGUUCACCAUCGACACCACUGGUGCUGGCGCCGGAGGCUUGGGGCUGACGGUGGAGGGACCUACUGAGGCCAAGAUCGAAUGUUCAGAUAACGGAGAUGGCACUUGCUCUGUCUCCUACCUCCCCACCGAGCCUGGAGAUUACCUGGUUAACAUCCUGUUUGAAAACAUUCACAUCCCCGGCUCGCCGUUCAGAGCCGACGUCCAGAUGCCCUUUGACCCCUCUAAGGUGGUGGCCUCGGGCUCUGGCCUGAAAAAAGGAAAGGUUGGAGAGACCAGCGUUGUGAAUGUGGACUGCUCUCGAGCUGGACCAGGCCUUCUCACCCUGGAAGCUGCACCAGACUCUUCAACCCACCCGACUGGCUCUGCACUGGGUUCAGGUAAGAAAGUGAAGACAGAAGUAGUGGACAACAAAGAUGGGACAUACACAGUGACCUACAUCCCCCUGACCUCCGGCAUGUACACUCUGCUGCUGAAGUACGGGGACAAGCCCGUCCCCGGUUUCCCUGCUAAAGUGAUGGUGGACCCUGCUGUUGAUACCUCUAAGGUCAAAGUGUUUGGACCUGGAGUGGAAGGACAAGCUGUUUUUAGAGAAGCCACCACCGAUUUCACGGUGGACGCCCGUCCUCUUACCCGACACGGAGGAGACCACGUGAAGGCAGAGGUCAGGAACCCAUCUGGAGCAUUGACGGGUUGUGUGGUUACAGACAACGCUGACGGGACCUACAACAUCGAGUACACUCCUUUUGAGAAUGGCGUCCACACCAUCCAGGUUCUGUAUGACGACACUCUGGUUCCGAAGAGCCCGUUCAAGGUUUCUGUGUCAGAGGGAUGUGAUCCAAGCAGGGUGGUGGCCACCGGCCCCGGGCUCCAACAAGGUCUAACUGACCAGCCCAACAACUUUGACAUCGUCACCAGAGGGGCAGGUAUCGGCGGCCUUGGCAUCGCCGUGGAGGGUCCAUCAGAGUCCAAGAUGUCUUGCGAAGACAACAAAGAUGGCAGCUGCAGCGUUGAGUAUGUUCCCUUCACACCAGGCCUCUACAGCGUCAACGUCACCUACGGAGGAAAACACAUCCCAGGAAGUCCAUUCAGCGUCCCAGUGAAGGAUGAGGUGGACUCCAGUAAGGUCAAGGUGUCUGGUCCAGGUUUGGACUCAGGAGUCAGAGCAAAUAUCCCACAAUCCUUCACGGUGGACUGCAGGAAGGCAGGCGAGGCCCCGCUGGCUGUGGCCGUCACUGGUCCUAAAGGAGUCAGGGAGGCCGUGGAGGUGACGGACAAUGGAGAUGGGACUCACAUGGUGUCCUACAUGCCAUCUGUGGAGGGACCUUACUCUGUGUCUGUCAAGUAUGCGGAUGAGGACAUCCCCCGCAGUCCCUUCAAGCUUCGAGUUUUGCCGACUCAUGAUGCCAGUAAGGUACGAGCCAGCGGCCCCGGCCUGACCAGCGGUGUCCUCGCCAGCUUCCCUGUUGAGUUUAACAUUGAUACCAAAGAUGCCGGUCAGGGCCAACUAAGCGUACUGAUCACAGACCAGGAUGGUAAACCAAAACAACCUAGUAUCCAUGACAACAGUGAUGGUACAUACUGUGUGUCUUAUAUCCCUGACCGCACUGGCCGUUACACAAUCGUCAUUAAAUAUGGUGGCGAUGACAUCCCAGCGUCACCCUACAGAGUUCGUGCCACGGCAACCGGCGACGCCAGCAAGUGCAUUGUGACUGGUCCAGGUGUGGGUCCCACAGUGGCCAUCGGCGAGGAGCUUGGCCUGGUGGUUAAUGCUAAGGGUGCUGGUAAGGGGAAGGUGAGCUGCAUGGUAGUUCAGCCCGAUGGUAGCGAGGUGGAGGCUGAAGUGCUUGAAAAUGAAGAUGGCACCUUUGACAUUUUCUACACUGCACCGGCGCCUGGGAACUACGUCAUCUACGUCCGCUUUGGAGGAGAAAAUGUCCCACACAGUCCCUUUAAAGUCAUGGCUACUGAUGAGGUACCCAUCAUGCAAGAGCAGACGUCGCUACAGAAACAAGCCGCUCCCCCUGGAGCUGGCUUCCAGCCAUGGGUGACGUCAGAUGGCUAUAAGUCAGUCAACAGCAGUGUUAAUGGUAGUGGCUUCAGACCAUUUGACAUGGUGAUACCAUUCUCCUUCAGGAAGGGAGAAAUCACUGGUGAGGUGCUGAUGCCUUCAGGUAAAUCUGCUCAGCCAUCGAUCACAGACAACCUGGAUGGGACGGUCACAGUGCAGUACGCUCCUACUGAGGCUGGCCUGCAUGAGAUGCACAUCAAAUACAAUGGAACACACAUUCCAGAGUCUCCCCUUCAGUUCUAUGUGAAUCAUGUCAGUAGUCCCUAUGUGACAGCGUAUGGCCCUGGACUGAGCUAUGGUGUCGCUAACAAGACGGCCAAAUUUACUGUCUACACAGAGGAUGCUUCUGACGGAGGUCUGGACUUGGCCAUUGAAGGUCCAUCCAAAGCAGAGAUCAGCUGUGUGGAUAACAAAGACGGGACGUGCAGCGUCAGCUACCUGCCCACGUUGCCGGGAGACUACAACAUCAUGGUCAAAUACAACGAUGAGCACAUCGCCGGCAGCCCCUUCACUGCCAAGAUCACUGGGGACAACCAGCGACGUUCUCAGGUGAAACUGGGCUCUGCAGCAGAUUUCUCUCUGGACAUUUAUGAGACAGACCUCAGCCUGCUGACCGCCAGCAUCAGGGCGCCUUCAGGCCGCGAAGAACCAUGCCUGCUGAAGAGGAUGGCCAACAACCACAUUGGUAUCUCCUUCAUCCCCCGGGAGGUUGGUGAGCACCGAGUCAGCAUCCUAAAGAAUGGCCAGCAUGUCUCCAACAGCCCCAUCACUAUCAUGGUCAUCCAGUCUGAGAUCGGAGAUGCCAGCCGUGUUAAAGCUCAUGGUGACGGCCUCGUCCAGGGGACCACCUUUAACAACGCUAGCUUUGUGGUCGACACACGAGAGGCCGGUUAUGGUGGUCUGGCUCUGGCCAUUGAGGGUCCCAGCAAGGUAGACAUCCAGACAGAGGACAUGGAAGAUGGGACCUGCAGAGUUAGCUACUGUCCUACUGAACCUGGAAACUACAUCGUCUCAAUCCGCUUUGCUGAGGAUCAUGUACCAGGUAGUCCAUUCACUGUCAGGGUGACGGGUGAGGGUCGCAUACGCGAGAGCAUCACCCGGCGACAGAAGGCGGCGUCUGUCUCCAGCGUUGGGAGUGUGUGUGACCUCAACUUGAAGAUACCAGCGAUCGACAUGAAGGACAUCACCGUUGAAGUUACGUCACCAUCUGGAGCCAGUCAACCCUCCGAGCUGGUUGCCGUUGGCAGCGAUACGUACUGUGUGCGAUUUGUGCCUACAGAAAUGGGCAUACACAGCGUGAGUGUGAAAUACAGAGGCGUCCACGUGCCUGGCAGCCCCUUCCAGUUUACUGUGGGGCCACUGGGAGAGGGCGGCGCUGCCAAAGUGAGAGCUGGAGGUCCGGGACUGGAGGGUGCAUUGGCAGGAGAACCAGCUGAGUUCAGCAUCUGGACAAGGGAGGCGGGCGCUGGUGGGCUCGCCAUCGCAGUGGAAGGACCCAGCAGGGCUGAGAUCUCCUUUGAUGACCGUAAAGAUGGAUCCUGCGGCGUCUCGUACAUUCCUCAGGAGCCUGGUGACUAUGAGAUUUCGGUGAAGUUUAAUGACCAGCACAUACCUGACAGCCCCUACCUGGUUCCUGUUGUUGCUCCGGCGAAUGACGCCCGGCGCCUCACUGUUGCCGGCCUUCAGGAAUCUGGUCUUAAGGUGAAUCACCCAGCAUCCUUUGCAGUCCGUCUGAAUGGAGCGCAGGGCAAAAUGGAAGCUAAAGUCCACAGCCCUUCUGGAGCCUUGGAGAAGUGUGUCGUCACAGAGCUGGAAAGUGACAAGUACGCUAUUCGCUUCAUCCCCAGGGAGAACGGCAUCCACACUAUCGAUGUGAAAUUCAAUGGCUCUCACAUCCCAGGAAGUCCUUUCCAGGUUCGAGUUGGAGAAGCAGGACAGACGGGAGAGCCUGCUCUGGUUUCUGCAUAUGGAGCUGGACUGGAGAGAGGCACCACAGGUACCCAGUCAGAGUUCAUCAUUAACAACACUAAAGCGGGUCCCGGGUCUUUGGCUGUGACCAUUGAGGGUCCCUCCAAAGUAAAGAUGGACUGCCAGGAGGUUCCAGAGGGCUACAAGGUGCAUUACACUCCCAUGGCACCUGGAAACUACCAGAUUAGCAUCAAAUAUGGAGGACCCAACCACAUCACUGGCAGUCCCUUCAAAGCCAGAGUCACAGGAUCUCGGCUGGUGAGUGCGUCCAACGCGAGUGAGAAGUCAACCCUGACACUGGAUCCAGCUGUACGGGCAUCUAGCAGCCUCGCGCAGAGUGCCGUGUCCAGACCUGGCAACUCUGAUCCCACCAAGGUGACAUGUCGAGGAACUGGUCUCAGCAAGGCCUUUAUGGGGCAGAGGAGCAGCUUCUCUGUUGACUGCAGCAAAGCUGGUAAGAACAUGCUCAUGGUAAGUGUGCACGGCCCUCAAAUCCCCUGUGAGGAGGUUCUGGUCAAGCACAUGGGCAACCUGCAGUACAAUGUCAGUUACCUGCUGAAGGAGCGAGGAAAUUACAUUCUGGUGGUCAAGUGGGGUGACGAUCACAUCCCAGGGUCCCCAUUUAACGUCACCGUCCCAUAAUGCAAAGAACUGCUGCCUCUCCUCCUGCACCAUUUUGCAUCCCUGUUUGAACUGAAGAGACAAAUUCCAAUGAGAAAGCUGCUAAACAAAGUUUUCUGCUCAUAUCAGAUGAUUAACUUUUUUUUCUGCCUAACAUGAACUGAAAACACAUCCCACAUCAGCUGUUCUUGGUUGGACAGUUUUCUUUGUGCAGUGGGUCAGGGAAGCAAAAUGGUAGAUAUAUUGAAAAUAGAAAAAUUGACUUAAUUGGGAAAGAAAAUCUGUUGAUUAUUGCUGCCCUAAAAUUGUCACUUUUUUUUUUUUUUUUUUGCACUUUUAUACAAACAGCUGGUGAGAAUACCCCUAAACUUGGUGUCUUUACAUGUUUACAAUUAUUAAACUGGAUUUAAAAUCAUUAAAAGUGAUAUAAAGGAAUGUCUGUAAACACAACUGGAAUAACGUGGCACUUUUCUUUAGCUCCUAGGGAAAAAAUGGAAAACACUUGGAGUUCUGUGAACUUUCUUAGUGCUUUGAGUCCUGCUAAUUGUUCAGGUUGCUUUGGGAAAGCAUCCAAUAAAUAAUCAAAUCUGUGCAGAACAAAAGUAGAAGUUGAGAAGUAAGCAUCUAAAAAACUGGAGGUCUUUGUUUGGUUUCAUUCCAACAAGUGUCAAAGUUUGUGCAACUACUGAUUUUUGUGUAUUCGUUGCUCAUUAGCUCACAGAAUUCCAUGGUUACGAAAAGUUGCCAAAAACAGUUGGCUGAGCUGCCUUCAAACUACUGUUUCCUGCACUGUAAGACGGACUACUUAAUGUGCUAGCAUUUAGUUUUGGGAUCACGGCUUCUCUGUUGUUGAUUUUUCUGUAUUUUCCACAUGAGCCGAUUAGUUCUGAUCUGUCUGGACAUAACGAAAAAGGCAACCAGAGUUCGGCUUUGAUGAUGAAUAAGUGACAGAUCUGAACUGGAGGAUUUAGUCAGAUUUUACAUGUCUCUCGUGAGUCUACAUGAGUCUGUGUUCAUAUCAUAACCUUGAUUAUGUUGCAUUAUCACUGCUACUUUUGAUACUUUAAAGACAAGGGGACUUUUUGUAUUUUUUUUUUUUUUUGUUUUUUGGGGGGGGUGGGGGGGUUAGGAGUAGCUUCAUUUUGUAUUGGAAAUGGUGUUUUAAUGUGAAUCUAAAUCCUAAUCUGAUGUACUGUACAUUUGAUAGUUAAAAUAAACUGAUGUAGAAGAUUGA